ACUCGACAACAAAAAUUGUGACUAAAGCUACAACUGCACGAUUAGCACGCGAGGUACUCGCACCCAACUUUUAGUCUUUUACAUAUUAUUUAAGUAUAUGACCAGAAACAAAGUAGAAUGUUUAGCAAAUAAUAUGAAAAUAAAUGAUUUGUUUGUAUAUGAAAGAUUUCAGGGACUUUUCAAAAUAUUAGAAUUAUAGACCACCACGACAAUUCUCGUCAAUUCGUCAUAACAACAGGCACUUCCCGACAAAACUACUUUACUUUUAAUGAGAAAAUUCCGUUUUAUAUAAACAAACCAAAUGUCUAAAGGUUAAACUGCCAUUUAAAAUUAACACUUAAAGAAUAUAAAAAGCAGUUGUAAAUACUUGUAACUCUUAUUCUUGUACAAUAUUUGUUAAGUUAUGUUAGGUCCAGGGUCUUGGGGUGUGGUGUUCCAAAAGAACAAAAUAUAGUCAUAGAAUAUUUUGAUAUACAUUUAUCAGUUUCUACAACAGAAAGGUGUGAUUUCGAUUUUUUUGUACGACAUAGUGUAAAAAAUGUUUCUCCUGUACGUUGUUCCUGUACUUACGAUUUUGGCAAGCAGUGUGAAUGCAUUUAUAAGUAACAAAACUUUGGAAGGAUAUCCCGCUGGAUUUCUGCCAGAUUGUCCCGGCUCAUUGAAGCCCGUUACGAUUUCGAAAGAAAACCUCAGAUAUGUUGAAAUAUAUGUCUCAGGGGCAAAAGCUCCUCAAGGAAAAAGGAUUCUUUAUACAUACCAGACUAUGGCAGCUAUGGCAAAAGACCCUACGAUGGAUUAUAGUCGACGAACCCUGUUCUAUAUAGGGGGGUACAUGGACACAGCUGACUAUCCAUUGGGUACUACCAUGGAGAUAUUUUAUAAGAAAAAGGGUUAUAACGUGUGGCUACUUGAUGCUCUAAGGUUUAUGAUCAACGAAUAUCCUGUAGCAGUGAGAUUCAUGCCGACAGUAGCCGAAAUCGUUGUCGACAUGAUAAUAAAUUUGGAAAAAGCCAACGUUGGGUUUGACCCGAAGAAAUUCGAUCUAGCAGGCUUCAGUCUCGGUGCACAAACUAUGGGUUACAUCGGCAAAUAUUAUAGGAAACGAACCGGUGUAAAAUUUAGCAGAAUGACGGCUUUGGAUCCCUCUGGAUUGUGCUUCAGGAACCGAAAACCUGAUGAGAGACUAGACACAGAAGAUGCCGACGAAAUCGUGGCUAUUAUGACCAAUAUCGAUAAUUGGGGAUCUCCAGCUCCUGUCGGCCACGUCAACUUUUACGUCAACGGGGGAGAAAAGCAACCAGGACAAAUUCAGUGGACUAAAUGCGAAGUGGGUUGCAGCCAUUUUAGGGCAUACUUUCUAAACCUGGCUGCACUAGAUAAUGACGAUCAAUUUAUCGGUGUUAAGUGCAACAGUGUGCAAGAAGCGAGAGACAAUCAAUGCUAUCGUAAUAAACCGUUGGUUACUAACGUCGCUGGCUGGAAUACGAAUUUCAGCAAUCCAGGAAUAUUUUACUUGCCAACUGGUAAUAUUUACCCUUAUUUUAUUGGGAAGAGAGGGUUGAAAGAAGGUAACGACGCGUUUUCCGUGAACUUAAGAGCGGCAAAUAAAGAUGAUAUAGUAUAUUUGUGAUGUAUAUAUAUAUAUAUAGUAAUAUCGUAGUUAUAUUUCCAUUGACAGUUAUAUUACCCGUGCAUUUAAGUUGAGAAAAAAUGAAAAAAGUUAAAUUGAUAAUGUAUACACUUACUUAAUUGAGAAUUCGCCUUUGUAUAUAGUAACUAUGUAUCAACUGAUAUUAUUUUAAUAAAUACACAAAUAUCAUUUUAAAAUAAAGGCAUUACGAGAUAUUUUGACUGCGAAA